CUAAGAAUCAUGUUGCAUGAAGCAAGGGACAGGCAGAACUUCAUCAAUGAUGUUCAGUAUCUGCGGGACAUGCAGCAUAAGGUGGACUCUGAAUAUCAGGCUUGUUUGAGACGACAGGAAUACAAAAUAGAACAAAAUGAGAAGAAACAAGACCAGCUUUGGGGGCCAGACACAAGUGACAGAUCCCGGUUUUCAAGCGAGUCAUCUUCCAAACUGAGUUCUGGCGAGGAAGAUUCUCUAAGUGAACCAAGAUCAUCUACCAAGGUACCUACAGCUAAGUAUGAGCCCAGACUCCCAGCCAUUGACCAAACAGCUGUCAAGCAGAAACACAAAAGUACCAUGACUCCAAAAAAGCCCAACAAAGUGAGCCCCAGCAAACCCAGCACUCCAGCAGCACAGGUACCAAAGAUUUUAUCAAGAAAGAGGAGGCCAAACCUGGGGAGAUUGACAGUCAGCCCAGAAAUGCACAGCCCAAGAGUAUCUGGGGAGAAGAGCAGACAGAAAUCACAGCUGCCAGCAAAGUCUCCAAUGCUCCUGGGAGCAGAUCCAGUAGUUCAACAAGAAGGACUGAUGUGUUCAAGUGAGACCAAGCUGAAGAGACCAGCUCGAGAGAGAAGCUUUGCCUCAUCCACACAGCUCACAAGAACAGCUGGGAAGCCCCGUGAGAGAGCCAAAACAGGAGACCCAAGUGCUCAUUCCCAGAAUGAGUCCCACGCAUCCCUCUCCCAGCCCUUUCAGGCAGCAACCAGUCUUCAGGUGUCGAAUGAGUCCUUGGGGCCAAGAAGGGUGCCGUUCAGGUUCCAUGAUGAAGAUUUUUAUUCUGCAAUAUCAUUAAACGCCAGACAAGAAAAUUAUGACACGGAAGAGGAAACCCACAUGGAAGAAGAACUUCUGCUUGUUGGCAUGUGCUCACCCCACUCUCCUCUCAAUCACAAAGGAAGUCGAUUUCUUGGGACCUCGGCCACUCAAAAUAGAAAUGCUGAGGAAAACGCUGAAAACUGCAGGCAUAAUUCUUUAAGAAGAAGCAAGUCCAAUCUUGGCUCCUUAAGAAAAAGCAAUACGAUGGAACAAGUAACAAAGCAGCCUUUGGUUGGGCAAAGGAUGUUCCAGGACUCCAGGCUACCUGCUGAGCCUGCCAAAGAGAGUAACAGUAGAGACCAGGAAAGCGAGAAGGCCACUCAUUCAGGGGAGGCCAUACCUAAUGACCUCAUCAUCCCAGAUGAUGUCAGCACUAAAGAGUCCAGUGAUUGUUCGUCUCUGGAAGACAGACCUGGCGUUCAUGAUUAUGACCAAGAUCGGCAAAAUUAUUUAAGUGAUUCUAGAAAUUCUUUGAACUGCUCACUUUCUGGGAGACCCACAGCUCCAAGACCUUCAAUGAAUUCAGCUUAUAACACUCCUGGAUCACUACUGCAUUCUGCUCUGAUAGAUGACAUCCCAGCAGACUUCUCAUUGUCAUCUAUUUUAGUUCCCAGUUCAGACUUGGAGGAAAACUUAAGGUUCAAUACACGCCGGCCACUGUCUCCUAUUAGAAACAGGAACAUGUUGGCCAGUGCUGAAGGCCAUAAUGGGUUUGACAUCAGGGAAUCAGAGGACAUGUCUUCAAGGAGCCAACCUCAGGGGGCUCUGUGCUUAGCAGAAGAUCUCCUAGCACAUCCUCAAAGCAGCUCGACCUCAGGGAAUUCACCCAGCUCUUCUCCAAGAAGAAACGUACAAGGUCGUUUGUAUGUGCCUGGGUCCCUGCAAGAAAACAUACCUUUUACUUUCUUUGCAGUGUCUGAUGUUCCAAAUCAAAAUGAUAAUGGGACCAGCAUAAGAGUGUCUAGUGUUAUAGAUGAAAAGGGAGCCACAAUGAAGGCGGACCCCGAGAAACUCAGGAAAUUGCAAGAAAGUCUCCUGGAGGAGGACUCUGAGGAGGAGGGAGACUUGUGUCGCAUCUGUCAGAUAGCCGGGGGUUCCCCAGCCAACCCCCUCCUGGAGCCUUGUGGCUGUGUGGGAAGCCUGCAGUUUGUUCACCAAGAGUGCCUGAAAAAGUGGCUGAAAGUGAAAAUAACAUCAGGAGCAGAUCUAGGCACUGUGAAGACCUGUGAGAUGUGUAAGCAAGGCUUGCUCGUCGACCUGGAUGACUUUAACAUGACUGAAUUCUACCACAAGCACCAGCAAUCCCGGGCACAGAAUGAGCUGAUGAAUUCAGGCUUGUACCUGGUGCUGCUACUUCACCUAUAUGAGCAGAGGUUCGCAGAACUCAUGACACUCAACUUUAGGUGGGCUUCGAGAGAGAGGCUGUCAAGAAAUUACCCACAACCCAGACUGGAAGAAAACGAAAGUUCCGAGUCCGGAGAUGGCAAUGAAAGCAGCAAUUAUCCAAACCGGGUCAUCUAGCAAGGAAGCUAGUCGUGGAGUACAGCCAAGACCUCUCCACCCAGAAGCCCUUUCUGUGUCCCCCUGUGCCUCUCUUCUUCCCUCCUCUUUACUGAAACUGAAGCCAGUGUGUUCAAAGUUACCAUUCGCACCAGUGCCACUCUCCUUUGGGGUCUGGCUUAAGCAUCCAUGAGUAUCCAUGGGGACCAACCUCAUCCCAGCAGCACAGGUGAAAGAGCCUGGGGCUGCUGAGUCCCCCAGUGGGCUGCUCUGUUGCUGCCCCUCAGCCCAGCAGCCCAAGCAGGUCCAGCAGCUCCCACUGCUGAGGGCAUCUAUUCGGGCCUCAGUCCACCCUGAGUGGAGUGGAGCCGUGCAUUUGGUAAACUGACUUUAUUCUCCC